CAGCCUAACAUGGGUAGGGGAAGCCAGCAGCAAGACCAGGAGAUAGGAGGUGCAAGCCCUCCGCAGAGAAACUGGAAGGGAAUUGCUAUUGCACUGCUCGUGAUCCUUGCAGUCUGUUCUCUCAUCACUAUCUCAGUCAUCCUUUUAACUCCAGAUGAUGCUUUGAAAACGUCAGAUGCUCGACUGUCAUUGGAUGACCUAUUUAGAAUAGAGUUCACCAUUCAUGACCCUGAAGUAAAAUGGAUAAACGAUGCUGAGGUGGUGUACCGGGCCAGAGAUGGUCAUGUGAUCAAACUGAAUAUAAUAACCAAUGAAACAACAGUGUUGUUGGAAAACAGCACAUUUGUAACUUUUAAAGCAACAAAAUACUCUGUCUCCCCAGAUCUCAGAUUUGUUCUUCUUGCAUAUGAUGUCCAGCAGGUUUUUCAUUUCUCCUUCACCGCAUCAUAUGCUAUUUAUGACAUACAUACCAGGGAAGUGAGAGAACUCAAUCCCCCAGAGGUGGCAAAUUCAGUGUUACAGCACGCAGCAUGGGGCAUAGCAGGACAACAGCUGGUAUAUAUUUUUGAAAAUAAUAUCUACUACCAGACGGAAGUAAAAAGCAGCGCGUUGCGUCUUACUUCGUCAGGGAAGGAGGGAAUAAUCUACAAUGGGAUUGCAGACUGGUUAUAUGAAGAGGAGCUGAUUCAUUCCCAUGUUACUCACUGGUGGUCCCCCAAUGGAGAGCGUCUGGCAUUUCUGAUGAUCAACGACUCCUUGGUGCCUAAUAUGAUAAUUCCACGGUUUACUGGUAACCUGUAUCCAAAAGGAAAACAGUACCCAUAUCCUAAGGCAGGCCAAGUCAAUCCAAUAGUGAAGCUAUUUGUAGUGAAUCUUUAUGGACCAACUCAUACCCUUGAACUGAUGCCACCAGAGAGCUUCAAAUCCAAGGAAUAUUAUAUCACAAUGGUGAAGUGGGUCAGCAACACCAAGACAGUAGUAAACUGGUUGAACAGACCUCAGAAUGUUUCUAUUCUUACGACAUGUGAAAUAACCACGGGGGCUUGUUCUAAGAAGCAUGAAGCAGUCUCUGAAGUCUGGCUUUCUAAACAGAAUGAGGAACCAGUGUUCUCAAAAGAUGGAAGCAAGUUUUUUAAGACUGUUCCUGUAAAGCAAGGUGGUCGUGGAGAAUUCCAUCACAUAGCAAUGUUCAAUCUACAGCCAAAAAGUGAACUAAGCAGUGUGCGACACCUGACAUCUGGAAACUGGGAAGUCACACAAAUCCUUGGAUAUGAUGAAGUUCAUCAGAAAAUAUACUUUCUGAGUACAGAAGAUUCCCCAAGAUCAAGACAGUUGUACAGUGUUCACACUGCAGGAUCAUUUCACCGCCAGUGUCUUUCCUGUAAUUUCCAGAGAGAGAACUGCACCUACUUCAGCGCCCAUUUCAGCCCCAAUAACGAACACUUCAUUCUGCACUGUGAAGGUCCUAAUGUACCAAUGGUCUCUGUACACAGCACAAUCAAUCCAAACAGCUCCUACAUAUUGGAAAAUAAUACUGUUCUGCACAAAUAUAUCAGAGGGAAAAGGAUCCACAAACCAGAGUACAGGACUGUUCGUAUUCAUGAUUAUGAACUCACUCUUCAGUUAUCAUAUCCUGAGGGCUUUGAUGAAAACAACUUAUAUCCCGCUCUACUGAUUGUUGAUGGAGCCCCAGGGAGCCAGUUGGUUACUGACAAGUUUCGGAUUGACUGGGAUUCAGUACUUGUCAGCUCCGAUAAUGUCAUCCUUGCUCGCUUUGAUGGCCGAGGGAGUGGUUUUCAAGGGCUUAAAAUUCUUCAGGAUAUCCAUCGAAAGUUGGGAACAGUGGAUGUUAAAGACCAAAUUACAGCAGUGCAAUCAUUAUUAAAAUUACCCUUUAUUGAUGCGAACAGAAUAGCUGUUUAUGGGAAGGCAUAUGGAGGCUAUGUCACAGCAAUGAUCCUUAGUUCUACAGAGAGAAUCUUCAAAUGUGGUGUUGCUGUGGCACCAAUCACAGACUGGAAAUUAUAUGCUUCUGCAUUCACAGAACGAUACCUUGGAUUGCCGUCACGAGAUGUAAAUGUUUAUCAAGAGUCGAGUGUCCUACAAAAUUCCAAUGAAAUGAAAGAUGUAAAUUUUCUGAUCAUACAUGGGACAGCUGAUGCAAAUGUACAUUUUCAGCACACAGCAGAGCUGAUACAACAUUUGAUGAAAGCUGAAAGAAACUACACUAUGCAGAUUUACCCAGAUGAAGGCCACUUUAUUACAGAUGAAAAAAGCAAACGGCAUAUGUACAGUGCAAUCCUCAACUUUUUCAGAGAGUGCCUCAAGCAAGAAAUGCCUGUAUUACAGAAAGAACCAGAGGAGGAUGAAUAAAAUGAAGAACAAUUUUAAACAACAAGAAAGUAAACUCUAAGUAUCUUUGUAAAGACAAAACUAACAGUCUGGAACACUCAAAACCCCGCAUCAAAUACCACUGUUGGUGGAAAUGUGGAAGUGAGAGGGCAACUACAAGAAAUUUACAGGAACAGCACAUUAUAGAGAUUAUUAAUCUGAUAACUGGCAAAAAGGACUUGAAAUUCAUGUGCCAGGUCCAAGAUUAUCUGAAAAGGAACAGCAAAACUGUUUUGGGAGUGCAUCAAACCUGUUAGUACACUUUAAAAAAGCAGAAUUCCAAUUGUGCAAAUGUCACCUACACCUAUUAUGCAUGUGUGUUUUAUUUGGCUUCACUACUGUAUAUGUUAAUAAUAACUGAAGUAUGAACAAACAUUGAAAAUGCACAUAUUUAUUUUAUUUUUAAUUUUGUUCUAUCAUUUGCACAAAAUGUGGCAUAAAAUUAUUAUGUGCAUCCUUUUGUCAGACAUUGUGAUUUGCAGAUUUAAAACCAUCCAAGUUCUCUUUAUAUCAUAAUAAAUAAAUAGAAUUUAUACAAUUCUCUUUAGAGUCAGAGUCAUAGUGAUAGAAAACUACAGCACAGAAACAGGCCUUUCGGCCCAUCUAAUCUGUGUCAAACUAUUCAAAUGCCUAGUCCAAUUGACCUGCACCCGGAUAAGACCCCUCCGUCUGUUUAAGUUUCAUGAAAUCAAGCCCACAUCCACCACUUGCACUGACAGCUCAUUCCAGACCCCCAUGACCCUUAGUGAAGCAGGUUCCCCUUGUGUUCCACUUAAACUUUUCACCCAUGACUUCUAGUUCUACUCUCACCCAACUUCAGUGGAAAAAACCUGAUUGCAUUUACCCUAUCUAUUCUCAUAAUUUUGUAUACCCCUCAAUCUUCUAUGCUUCAGGGAAUGAAGUCCUGCCCUAUUCAUCCUUCCCCUACAACUCAGGUCCUCAACUCCUGGCAACAUCCUUGUAAAUUUUUUCUGGAAUCUUUCAAUCUUAUUUACAUCUUUCCUCCAAAUUAGGCCUCACCAAUGUCUUAUACAUUUUCAAAAUAACAUCCCAACUCCUGGGCUCAAUACAUUGAUUUUAUGAAGGCCAAUAUGGUCUUUAUGAUACUAUCUACCGGUGACUCCACUUUUGAGGAAUUAUGGACCUAUACUCCUCAAUCCCUCUGUUCUAUCACUCUCUAUACCCUCCCACUCACUGUGCAAGACCUACUCUGCUUGGCCCUCCCAAAGUGCAACACCUCACACUUGUCUGCUUUAAAUUCCAUCUGCCAUUUUCCAACUCAUUUUUCCAGCUGGUCCAGAUUCCACUGCAAGCCAUGACAGUCUUCAUUGCUGUCCACUAAACCCCCCCAUCUUGGUGUCAUCUCAAAUUUGGUGAUACAGUUAACCACAUUAUCAUCCAGGUGGUUGAUAUAGAUGAGAAACAGCAACAGACUCAGCACCAAUUCCUGUGGCUCACCACUAGUCACAGGCCUUCAGUCAGAGAGGCAAUACUCAACUACCACGCUCUGGCUUCUUCUGUGAA